AUGAAUAUCAGCAACAAUACUACAACGCCAAUAAGUAUAAAUGCCACAGCAUCUGCUGGAUUUCAAUACAUAGGUGGCGUUGUAACUCAAGUAUUAUUUGGAAUAAUUGCAAUCCUAUCGAUUGUCGGUAAUGCCUUGGUUUUAGCGCUCUUCUCAUACAGUAAACAACUUCGAAACUACUCCCAUGGGAUUUUAAUAUGGAAUUUAGCUUUAGUAGAUCUCUUAACCGGUAUCUUUAUUAUUGUUACACCAGCACAUAUUAUUCGUGAAGCUUAUCCCGAUCCGCCACCAGGUUUAGCUGGAAGUUUAUUUUGUAAACUGAUUGGUGUUGAAACAUUUACCUUUAGCUUUGGUGUGAUUUCCAUGUCCAUUUUAGCUAUCUUGAGUCUAGAGCGACGUUAUGGCGUUGUCAAGCCAUAUCUUCAUGCACGUUAUUUCCGUAGGAAUCGUACUAAGAUCAUGAUUGUAUUUGCUUGGAUUUGGGGGAUUAUCUUAAAUGUGACGAAUAUAAUUCAAGGAGUACAUCAUCAAGGCAGCCAACCUCCGUGUGGAUGGGAGAGCUUAGCUGGUGGACCGAUUGUGCAGAAGACAGUUUAUGGCAUUUUGUUUGUCUUGCGAUUUCUGCUGCCUUUGCUAUGCAUCGUUAUCUGCUAUGCCAAUAUAUUAGCCCACAUGAGAUCAACUAUUCGUGAUUUAACCGAAGCAAUGGAUAAAAAAGAGACGGUAACCUAUAAGAUUGCCAAGAAAGUAACCAUAACAUGCGCUGUAACAUCGCUGGCCUUUCUACUGUGUUGGCUACCAAAUCAAAUUUAUUUUACUUUAAUUAAUUUUCAAGCGGCAACGAUCAAUUCCGAUAUUCACUUUGUAACCAAAUUAUUGAUUCUAUUCAAUUCCUGUAUCAAUCCCUUCAUUUACGUCAGUAUAAAUCAUUAUUAUCGUCAAGAAUUUAUAAAAAUGAUGAGGUUAAAUAAUUAUUCAGGAUAUAAAUCUCGAGCAGCGAUGAUGUCAUUAUCACUUGCAAAUACGAAUAGCCCGACAGAAUAG